AUGGGAGAAAAAGAAUUAAAUUUGUUAAAGUCUUUCGAUAUUAUUUUUAUAUCAGAACAUUGGCUUUUAAAUAUUGAGAGUUUUUUGUUAAAUAACAUUGCAUUACUAACACACAAAGUUUUUUUUCAUGCGGCAGAAAAAAAUACACACGGUAGACCAUAUGGAGGAAAUGCUUUUAUGGUACGAAAAAAAUGGUCGUCUUUUUACAUAAUACAUGAAGAUGAAAACAUUCUUGCUAUUAAAGGCACACUUAACAAUCGUAACUUAAUUUUUAUUGGUGUUUACCUUUCAUCUUGUCGUAAUAAUAACGAAUCAUACGCAAAAUACUCUUCUCAGUUACAAACAAUCACUUCAAUAAUGAACAACUAUGAGGAUGAAGGAGAAUGUAUUAUUUCCGGAGACUUUCAGUCAUUUCCAUAUAAAAUAUAUGAUUCAGAGCUUCGUAAAAACAAAACUAGGAACAAUUUCUCAAAACAUCUCACUAAUUUUAUUGAAUCAAAUCAGCUCGCUUUUGUCGAUAUAAUCAACGGUGCUGGGCCUACUUAUACCUAUCAACAUAAAACUCUUUCUAAUUCUUCUUACAUUGACCAUAUUGCAUCCUAUAAACAGACAGAACUAUGUUUUACAAACUGUCAAGUUAUGCAAUCUUCACCGCUUAACCUUAGUGAUCACCUUCCGGUGUCUACGAAUAUUAACUUUGAAGGUACCGGCUUAUCACACGAAAUAAAUAAUAUAAUGCAAAAAUAUAAUUCAAUACCAAAACAUGCAUGGAAUAACGAAAGGUUUAUUGACUUUUAUAAUCUCAAUCUAUCAAAAGCAUUUACUAGUUACGCAUUUAAGGAAGAUAAAAUAGAAGAAGAAAUUCAAAAAACAUGCUUAUAUAUAAAAAAUGCAGCUCUCUUGGCAGUUAAACAAUGUUUCGGACAAAAAGAAUUUUAUAAGUACUCGAAACCUUGGUGGACACCUGAGCUUAAAAAAAUUAAAGAUAAUCUCUCCUUUCACUUUAGACAAUGGCAAAAAUCAGGCUAUAAUAAGUCAACAGAAUGUAUAUCCUACAAAAGAUUUAUUUAUUCCCGAAAAAACUUUCGUAAAGCUAACAAAAACGAAAUCGUCGAAGAAUUUAGUCAUCAUUUCCAAAAACUACUUAAUACACCGCAAUAUACAAAUAACGAGUUCAAUCCUCUCCAAAUUCCACAUUUAAGUAAAGAGCCUAAUUCAAAAGUUAUCUCGACAGCUGAUAUUGAAAAAUGUAUUUUAAAGCUUAAAAAUAAUAAAUCUUACGAUUGCUAUGAAAUCAGUGCCGAACAUCUUAAAAACUCUCACAACAAGAAUCUUCUUAUUUUACUUUCGUCGUUUUAUAACAAUAUGUUAACAAAUGGAAAGGUUCCACACGGUUUAUCAACCGCCAAAAUUAUCCCAUUAGUCAAGUCUUAUAAAACAUCACUAGAAAAUCCAAAUAACUAUCGAGGAAUCAGCAUUAUACCAAUUUUUACAAAACUUCUCGAAUAUCUUAUCAUACACAUAUGUCCAGAUAUAACAGAAAGUCACUCCCAUCAAUUCGGUUUUAAAGAAAACAGCUCUACCCUCCACGCAGAAUUUCUUCUGAGUGAAACAAUAAAGCACUAUAAUCAUAAUAACUCACCGCUAUAUAUAUGCAGUCUAGACGCCAACAAAGCUUUUGACAGUUGUAAUUGGGAAUUACUAUUCGAGAAACUCUAUUACCAGAAAAAAAUCCCAUUAUCUAUAGUUCAUACAAUAUUAUCACUAUAUCAAACAGGAACUUCUAAUAUAUCAUAUCUUGGAUGUACAUCAAACAAAUUUAGGCUGUCUCAGGGAGUGCGUCAAGGAUCCAUACUGUCGCCUCAUCUCUACAAUAUCUACACAGAGAACCUUCUAGAGAAAAUUGUUUCAGAAUCAAAAGUUGGAACUUCAAUAAAUGGUGUAUACACAGGUAUCAUUGCAUAUGCUGAUGAUAUAGUUUUACAAAGUUCCACUAUAUCUGGUCUUCAGAGCCUUAUUAACAUUGUUCAAAAGUAUGGACUAUCGAACUUUAUUAAACUGAAUACAGAAAAAACUGAAUUUCUAAUAUCUGGAAUAAGUUCGAUUUUAAUUAACGUUAUUUAUAUUAACGGUGAUCCUAUCAAGCCUCAAAACAAUCUAAAACAUCUUGGUCUUAUAAGAAAUGGACUUCGCUUUUGCCAGCCUGCUACCAUAGUUCAUUUAUUUAAUUCUUUAGCUGUUCCAACGUUGUUAUACGGAUUAGAACUGUGUGGAAGCAGCAAUAAGCUUCUAAAUAGCAUUGAUAUAGCUGGACGAUCUGUCUUAAAAUCCUUCUUUAAUAUUUCAAAGCAAAGUAGAAAUUAUCUACAUUCUUAUUUCAAAGUAGACGCUGUGUCAGACAUUCUUUUUCGCAACAAGUUAAAUCUAUUUAUCAGGCUUUUAAACAACCCCAUAUGUUACUCGAUUAUACGGACUCAGAUGCCUUUAAUGAAUCAACGAUCAUUACCUCAGGUGUUUAUAUCAGCUUUCUUACACAUUAUCAUUACCUCGGGUGAGGUAAUGAUAAUGUGUAAGAAAGCUGAUAUAAACAUGCUCCAAUUUAUGAUCGAGGGUAAGAAAAUUAUAAUUGCACGCCCUCAGGAAGCAUUGGAGGCCAAUGUUGCGGCGAUCUUAAAACAAUCGUUCCAACACUGGAAUUUAAAGGAACAAAGAGAAGUAUUUAGAACGCUGAUGGAGGAAAACAUUCCAAGAACGAUGCAAGAAAAUACUUAA